UGUUUGCUGAAAGCUCACCGCAGUCCAUUUAUUGCCCACAGCUUCAUUUAAGUGAACUGGUCUAGCAAGUUAUAGCCUCUGCGCUUGUGUCACGGAGCCCCACAUCGACCCGCUGGUGUACCUGCUGCACGGACACUGCGUCUUUGUCGCUGGCUGUUGUUUCCUCACUUUCACUGGACACAGCCAUGCGCUCCUUCACCGCGCUCCUCAUCUUUCUCGUCAUGUGUUUCGGAUUUAUUGGAUGUAAACCUUCGUCAUCGUGUCCAAGCGGACAGUUUAUGCUUAAAAAUCAGUGUGUCCUGUGUCAUCCCACCUGUUCCGAGUGCGACGGACACGAGCUGUUUGAAUGCACUACCUGUGGAGUUUAUGAAGAUGGACAGGAGCGUUUCCUUCAUCAAGGUCGCUGUAGGACACACUGCCCCAGGGCAUUAUAUCCUGACAGGGGUCACUAUGCCUGCCUGUCCUGCAUUGCCAAUUGUGAACUCUGCACAGAUGGCAACAUAUGUGCCAAAUGUCGGGAACACUACAAACUUCAGAAUGGGGUCUGCCAACCAGCUCUGUGUGAUAUAGGGCAGGUGCAGGACCCUGAUACAGGAGAGUGCAUUGACUGUGAAGUGGGCUGCAAAACAUGUUCUGCAGAAGACCCUGAGAUCUGCAACAGCUGCGUUCAAGGUUACUUUCUUUUCAGACACCAGUGUCGCAGACAUUGCCCUCAGGGCACCUACGAGGACCGUGAUAGGGGUGUCUGUCUGUCCUGCCCAGCACCAUGCGAAGACUGCAGGAACAACAAAUACUGCCUUGCCUGUCAGCCUGGUUACUUCCUCAAUGGAGGGGAGUGUAUGAAACAAUGUCCACAGCAAACCUUCAGUGACUCCAGUGGGUGGCGCUGCCAGCCUUGCCAUGGAUCAUGUCAGACCUGUCAUGGAUCUCAUUCAACAGACUGUGACCUUUGCCUCAGUGGAAACCUUCCUCUGCAUGGACAGUGCCCUCAGGUUAACUGCCCACUGGGACAAUAUUUUGAUGGGAAAUAUGGUGGAUGCCUUACGUGUGACACAUCCUGUAAGACCUGCUUUGGCCCACAGGCCCUGGAUUGUUCUUCUUGUUUCAAAGGAUAUUUUCUGGACCAGGAGAGUUCUUGUGUAGUACGGUGCCCUUCUGGUUCCUUUGCAAACCCUGCCACUCAGCUGUGUGAGGACUGUUCACCAAACUGUGACGACUGUGUGGACACUAGCGAUAACUGCAUCAGCUGUUCCAAAGGAAGCAGUAAACUUUUUCUACACCAGGGGAGGUGUUGGUCAAAUUGCCCAGAAGGUUUCUUUGAGACUUCAGACGGGUCAUGCCAAGCCUGCGACAGUUCCUGUCUUACAUGUGAUGAGAGCAAGUCCCAGUGUCUUUCCUGUGUAGAUGGACACUACUUAGAGAGGGGGUCAUGUAGACUGAACUGUUCACUGCAGACAUACCCAGCAGAUGAUGGUACCUGCAGACGCUGUUCUCCCCACUGUGAUGUUUGUUCAGAUGAAAGGACCUGUUUUAAAUGUACUUUCCUCUACUUGAUGCUGAACGGUGUGUGUAAGGCUAGCUGUCCUCUGGGCUAUUAUGAGGACAUGGAGGAGGGCCGCUGUGCUCAGUGCCAUCCUACCUGUGCCAGCUGUUCAGGGCCCCUGGCAGAUGACUGUGAGACUUGCUCAACCUUUAGUCCCAAACUCUAUAAAGGUGCAUGCCACAAGGACUGCCCUACUGGUACUUACUAUGAGGUAGCUGCUAUGGAGUGUCAAGAGUGUCACCAGACUUGUAACAGCUGCACUGGCCCAGAUCCCAAUCAGUGCACUCAGUGUGAGAAGGGACUCGUGCUGGAUCCAAAUACAUUAUUGUGCGGCGUGACAGGCGAUACAGCCUGCCCCCCAAGAACUUACCUACAUGAUGACCAGUUCACCUGCAUGGGUUGCCACCGGCACUGUCAGUCUUGUGAGGGUCCAGGCAGCGAUGAAUGUCAGACCUGCACCGUCCCCCGAUACCUUCACAACAGCACCUGUGUUAGUGAAUGUCCAGCUGGCACAUACAGCACAAGACAGGAAGCUGAUGGACAGGAGCUGGGAUUCUGUUUGCCAUGUGACCAUGUCUGCUCCACCUGCAUCGGGGCAUCACCCAGAGAUUGUCUGACUUGUUCUCCAGAAUACUUGCAGUUCUUUCAGCUCUGUGUCACCCAUUGUCCUACAGGGUAUUAUAAAGAGGGCUCCCACUGUCAGAAAUGUGACCCAUCCUGCGAGCUUUGCACAGGACCAGGACCUGAGUCCUGCAGGGCCUGUCCACCUCCUCUUCUGGAGCUGCAAGGCACCAAGCUGUGUGUUGAGCGCUGCCCGCAUCGUUUCUAUCAGCAUAAUGACAUCUGCAAACAGUGCCACACAAGCUGUCAGACUUGCACAGAUGCCACACCUCAAGGGUGUGUGACGUGCGACUGGGGCAGCACUCUGAAGGACAAAGUCUGCUAUCCACGUUGUGAGGAGGGGCGAUACUUCUCUGAAGAGGAAACCUGUGAGCCUUGUGACAGUUCCUGCAGGCACUGCACUGGCCCCAGAUCUAACCAGUGUCUGACUUGUCACAGAGAUUUUGGUCUUCACGCUGUCGAGAACCGCUGUGCCCGCUGCUGUCAGGCCGCAGAGAAUUACACCAGCUGCUGUGUUUGUGACAACCGUUCAGGACUUUGUGUGGAAACCCCACAACCCAAGUCAGGAGGCGGCAAGGAGACAGACAUGACUAUGUCCUCCAGAGCACUCAAACACACCUCAGCUGCCUUGCCCAUUGCCCUGCUACUGGCGGCAGGUUUGGCUCUGGCUGUGUUUGCUUUGAUCAAGGCUCACGCCAGGAAGAGGCUUUGCUGGAACCAGAGCUACGAGAGACUAAGUGGCAGCACUAGCAUCAACAUGCCCCACGGUGUGCCUGAGCCGGACAGCGGAGAUGAGGUGGAUGUUGUUUACACCAGUAGGGGUGGCUCUGUAUACCGACGCUACAGCUUCAUCCAUGAGCAGGACACAGAUGCAGACGAGUCUGUGGACGACAACAGCGAGUCUUAGAUUCAGACACACCAGAAUGUACAGAAACUGAAUGUAUUUUUGAUGUUCAGUAUCAGGACUGACAGAGAAUUCAAAGUAGCUUAGUUAAUGUUUAUAGGAGCAUGUAGUGGCUCUUUAAUUUAGUGUCCUUUUAAGUUGAAUUGUAUAUUUUUCUUCUACAAAGUGCCUGUAUCUAUUUAGUACACAUCAUUAGAUAAGUAUGUGAUCAGUAACCAACUACAUUUAUUUGUGCAAAUGUAUAUA